UUACAUCCAUAUUCUCUUCAUCCUUUCAAGCCAUGGCUGCUCUCUCUGACUUCUUCUCUCGUCUCUACUCAAUCACAGUCGUCUUUUUCACAAUCUUUCUCCUCGAAAUCAUGAUUCUCUUCCGAUCGAUCACCAGAACCGCUUCUUCACAAAACACCUCCAGACAACUAAUCACAAGCAGCCAAUUCUUCAAAUUCAUCGAAGAGAGAAACCCGACGAUCUCCUACACCCAAAAAUUGAAGCCCCAAUCGAGAGAUUGCGCUGUCUGUUUGUCUGAUUUCGUUGAAGGAGACAAGAUUCGGAGGCUGAAAUGUAACCACACAUUUCACAGGGACUGUUUGGAUAGGUGGUUGGAGCAGUGCUGGGCUACUUGUCCUCUCUGCAGGACCAAGGUCUUGCCUGAUGAAGUUGUUGCAGGGUUUCAUCAACUAAGGCAAGAUCCAGCGGAGUAUGAUGGGAGUGAUGAAGAGAUUCUUUACUUGUUGUCUGCAUUACAUGGGUUUUCUGGUUUGGGAAUUAAAGUGUCAUACAAAGUGGAUGAUCCAACCAAUGGUAGGUAGGGGGCUUUUAUCUACUCUGCAACUGCAACUGCAACUACUAUGUAAGCUUUCUAUAUUAUGUGGUUGGUAGAGAAGUUGAGGGUAUUCAGUGUUUUGUGUGGUUGAGAUUCGAUUCCAAGUCUUGCAUUCUUGGAAUUGUGUUAUAUUUUAGCACCAACUUGUGGGAGGAUUUUGAUCAUUGUAAUAAUUGCAAAUCUACCUUACCCUUUUUAUUGAU